CCUUAAACGUCUUUGGCACACUUCGUUCGAGGUAACUUACGUUUUUAUAUCGCCAUGGUGACAGAAGACUGCACUUGCUAUAGAUUUGCAUCGGAGGAACCUCACCGUGAAAGCAUCGCAGGGUACAAGUGGAAAUCAAUUUACAUAAGCCUAUGACGAUCGGGGAAUACCUAUAAGUUUGUUGAAUUAUAAUGUCGGAUGUGGAAAGCAUCGGCGCAAGCAGCGCUCUGAUGACUGCUCUAACAUCCCGCGACGACCCAGUCACCGCGGCCGCAUAUGAUUCGUUAGGACACAGAUAUGGCGCAGUAUCACCUCAGACACGCUAUCCUAUGCCGAGCCAGGAGCCAUCGGACGUGCCCCGAAGGCCGGCAUUUCUUUCAUGUAAAUGGCCCGAAGGCAGCGACUGGGCCGUGGAGCUUGCUGGGGAGCUCCGGUUGUUGAACACACCAGUUGUUCACGAUGCUCGCCAUCAUCUGAAGCUUCACGACGUCGAAGCCCUCGUCCGGGACAGUUGCUGCUUGGUAAUGCUCGUGACCCCCGGCUUCUACCAUGGCCUUAUCAACAAGCCACCUGGAAACCGGGCGCUGAAGGAGGUCAAGCUCGCUCUACAGUACGGCAAGCCUGUUAUAGCCGUCAUACAUGCAUCCUACUGCGGCCAAAACCCACUUCCAGCGUUGGCACGAUCACCCGAGCUCGCUGCAGCUAUGGCCGCUGCGGCUGCGGCAGCGGCUGCUGCUGCCGCGGCGGCUGCGGAGGGCGGGCCCCCACCCGAUGUGCCGCAGUCCCUGAACGAAACGGAGCUGUCAUCCGUGUCAGGGGCGCCGUCUGUGCUGGUGUUCAAGGGAGGAGAGGGCUUCGACGCCUACCAGCGGGAGCUGGCGCGGCUGGUGGGGCUGCACUCCAACCCCGCCGCAGACGUCAAGCUCAGCAGCAGCGGCGGCACCGGCAGCGGGGAGUACCGACCCCGCAGUGCGGAGGAGGCGGAGGCGGAGGAGCGGCGGCUGCGCGAGAUCCUGCGUGUGGCGGGGAUGUCAAAGCGCAUUCCUGGCCUGGUGGAUGGCAACAUCCGCUCCCCUGCGGCCCUGGAGUCAGCGCUGCGCAUGGGCCGGCUGCUGGGCAAGCCACACAACUGGUCUGAAGCUACCGUGCGGCGGGCGGAACAGGCGCUGGAGGCCUGGCCGGUGCUGUGUACCAUGCCCGACUGGCUGCGAGCCGCACCGCCUGCGCUGGUGCCCGUGCUGGCGGCGCUGUUGGCGCAGGAGGAGGCGCGGGAGUUUGACCGGGAGGGCAGGGCGCGGCCGCGGCGCGGGGCCGUACCUCCAUGCACUGCCUUGGACCUCGCCGGGCAGGGUCCGGUGGUGGUAGGGCCCCGGGGCGGCACGGCGGUGGCUGCGCUGCUGCGCAGCGUCGGCCGGGCUCAGGGGGCAGCAGAGCAGCGUCGGCAGCAGUUCGAGGAGCAGAAGCAGCGGUCGAUUAACGGUGACACGCUGCCGUCGCAUCCGCCGCCGUUGUACGGCACCGCGACGACGUUUCUGACGCUGACGCUGGUGGAUCUGACGGACUGUGGGCUGGACACGGCGGCUGCGGGGGAGGUGCUAGCCGCGGUGGGCGCAUGCCCCUCAGUGGCCACGCUGCUUCUGGGCGCUAAUAACAUCGAAGAUGCCUUCGCUGCUGACUUUGCCUCCUUCAUGCGUCGCAGCACCGCGGCUGGCAGGUCAGCUCCACCCUCCCCCGCACGCAGCGGCCCUCCUGGCUCCCCCGUCGCUCCUGGUUCACCCGGGGCUACAACCCCCGGGCUGCGCUCCCUCGGCCUGGAGCGGAACCUCCUGACGGACCGCGGCGUGGCGGCGAUCGCUGCCGUACUAUACGAGAACCCAGGAACCCUGACGUCGCUAGAUCUCAGCGGAAACAUUGGCUUGGGCGCCGCCACGGCGGAGGUACUAUCCCGCGCGCUCCGAAGCCAGGGCCCCGGGCCACGGCGUUUGACGCAUUUGGGCAUUGCCGACGUCCAGAUGGACGACUCGGCGCUUUCCGUACUGUUGCCCGCCAUGUUGGCACCCAGUGCCGUACCCGUGGCGGUUGACGCCGGCAGCGGCCGCGGCGGCGGUACGACUGGCGUCGAGGAGCUCGAUCUAACCGGCAACACUGUGGAUGCCGAGGCGCUGACGGCGCUAGCGGCAGCAGCGCGUCUUCCGGGCUACGGAGGUGGCCCACGGAUCAUCAACCUCAGCGGCGCAAACUUACGCGGCGGUGGCGUGGGUAACGUCGGCGGCGCGAGCACUGUUGGUAUUGGCACGCCGCAGCACAGCCGGCGGUCGGUUACGGAUGCGGUGGCCAGCACCUCGUUUGUUAGCGGCGGCGGCAGCAGCGGCAACUUUGUCAACGGCAACACCGCAGCGCUUGCCACCGCGCUGCUUCUGUCGUCCAAUCUGGAGGAACUCCGACUGGGUUGGUGUGGUUUGAACGGCGCUGGCGUGCGGGCGCUCAUCUCGGGCCUUAUGGGGCCUUCGCUUGGCGUCGCUGCCUCAGACCCCCAGCCUCUGUCAAAGCUCUCCCUGCUGGACCUAUCCGGCAACCGCCUGGGCCCCGAGGGUGUAGCCCUGCUGGGCUCCCUGCUGCCCGUCAACCUGCCCUCGCUGCGACACCUGCUCCUGGAUGAGUGCGGUUUGACGGGCCGUGACCUGGGCCUGCUGGCUGGGGUGCUCGACGUGGCGCCCUGGGUGGUGGAGGCCCUUGUGGCGGCGCUGAGCCAGGUGCUGGGAGGCGACGUGACGGGCAACGGUCAGGGCGUGUGGCGGGAGCAGCAGCAGCAGAUAAGCGUGGGAGGCGCAUCAGCGGGCGGGGCGAGUAGUGUAGGGACACCGGGUAGUUCUGCUGGAGGGUAUGGUGCAUCCGGAGGGGCAGCGGGAUCACCGGGCCAGCUGGGCAGGAUCAGCAGCGUCUCGCGUCGUAGCAACGGCGGUGACACCCCCGCUGCUGCGGCGUCAACGCUGGCCGAGCUGCUGCGGACGUGGUUGUCCAUGGAGCCGGCGGCAGCAGCGGCGGAGGUACGGCGGCUCAUGCUGCCUGCUGCCGCCGCAGCGGCAGUGGCCGCCGCCGCCGCGCCCGCGCCCGCCGCCCCCGUCAUUCCGACCACCUCCUUUGCCCUCCGCCGCAACGUGGUCGCUGCGCCAACCCCGGUUGCCGUGCCCUCCAUCCCAAUCAGCCGCAUAGGUGGCCUGGCCUGCCUGCUCGUACACCCUGUUGUACAGCCGGUCAUGGAGGCCCUGCGGAAAACCUGGGAUGCCCUGAAAGCUGAGGCGUGCUCCGCCACGGCUUCUGGCUCCGCCGGAGCGCACUACCCUCUGCGGUUGCCACCGGCGUCACAGGCGGCGCAAGCUGCGUUCCAGGCGCUCAACGCCGCUGUCGUACAUUUGCGCGGCUGCGGCACCGCUGCUGGCCUGCAGAGCCUGUCCCUAGGCCGCAACCAACUCCCCCUAGAGUCGGGGGCUCCGUUGGGCGCCGCCGUAAGCUUGUCACUAAACCUGCGGCACCUGGGGCUUAAGGGCAUCGUGCAGCCGCUAGCUCAGCCGCAGCCGAUUGGCAGCGGCGCCGCCGCUAACGUUGCGGCGACGGCGGCGGCACAGGGCGGCCCCAUGGCAGCGGCCGGAGCGGCGGCACGAGACGCUCGGGUGCUGCUUCGCUCGCUGUACCCGGCAACGGCAGCCGCCGCCGAGGGCUCAAAGACGCCGGCGGCAGCGCCGGCGCCGCCGCCGCCUCAGUCUCCUCUCACCAGGCACGGUUACCACAGCAUGUACGGCAGCAGCGAUCUGUACCGCAACACCAGCCAACGACUGAUCAACAACGAGACGCAGCGUGAGACCACCAAUGACGGCUCGGUGGACUUGCUGGCAGGCCCUGACACGCCGUCCUCGCAGAGCCAGGGCCAGCAGCAAACCCCGCAACAAAGCUUUCUACCUGGGCUGCGCUCCCUGGAUCUCACCGACGCUGGAAUUGGAUCUCAUAAUGCCGUACAUGUCGGCGAGUUCGUACGUUACCUGCCCGCCCUGGAGCAGAUCAUCAUGGACUUCAACUCCCUGGGUGGCGUCGGCGGGAACGGCUACGAUAUGGGCAUGGGGCCUCCGGGCGGCGGCUCGUCCUCCACCGACGGCGUGUCUUCGCUCUUCACAGAUCUCUCGGAGCUGCCAUCCCUGUCGUACCUCUCCCUCAACUACGCAUGCGACAGCAACGCCAUGAUGACCGUUGCCGACACGCUACUCGGCCUCAUCGAGGCGACGGAGGCGGCGAUGGCGGCCGCUGCGGCGGCCAGCCUCAGCCUGGGGCCGCCGGCUCCUCCGCCGCCGCCUCCUUCCGCAUGCUCCAGUCUGCGCGCUUUGAGCCUGGUGGGCUGCCCGCUGGACGGCAUCAUCGCUCGCCGGCUGGCUCGCGCGUUGCUGCACAACACGGCGCUCAUGGUGCUGCGAUUGGGCGGCGGCGACCCGCCGGAGGGAGUGGGCCCUAUCGGCAGUCGCGCGCUGGGGGAGGCCCUGGUGGCGCACAAGGGGCUUGUGGAGCUGUCGCUGUCGGGGGUGGGACUCACGGACAAUGCGAUCAGGAUGCUUGCCGACGCGCUACCGCAGCUGCCGCAGCUUUGCAAGCUCGACCUCUCCAACAACUCCCUCACCAGCUACGGUGCCAACGCGCUGGCCAACGCGCUGCUGGGCCGCAACCGCAACGCAAUUGGACCCGCCGCUGAGAACAAGGUGCACCUGGAGAUACACAGCAACCGUAUUUCCGAGGAGCUCGAGUCCCGGCUGCUCGCCCUAUCCGUCCCCGUCGCCAUGACCCAUGCGUCAACGCGCCUGCCCGCCUUCCCGCGCUACUCCGCUCCGCCCAUGCGCACCGCUACCACAACCCCCUCCCCCAACGGCUCUCGCCUGAGCUACCCGGCCAUCACCCGUCCUGGGCUGCCCGCCCCGCCCAGCCUUGUGCCGCCGCCGACGCUGGUGCAUGCACCGGUGCCUCGUCCUUCCGCCGGCCCCACGCACUUUAAGGCCCCACGCUGUGCGGCCAACCCGGGGCGUACACCGUCUAGCAUGACGGUGGGAGGUGCGGCGCAGCAGGCCUUGACGGCAGGGCUCUCGGCGGAGGGAUCUCGCCCGCUGGGAAGCGGCAAGUCAACGUAUCUGACGGCACCGCCGCCGCCGCCACCGGGCCGUCGUGGCAGCGGCGCGAGUGAGGAUGUCAUCAGCGGCAUCGCGACGGCGGCGGCGUUCACUGCGUCUGCCUCGUCUGCGAUCCUGGAGGACGACUGGGUCGACUUCAACGGGCGCUACCUGGUGUCCACAUCCAGCAAGCUGCAGCGCAUCUACGGAGCCGCCCUAGUGUCCCCAUCAGCAACCAUGCCGCUCCCGGCGCCGCCGCCGCAUCCAUCGCAGGUGCUGGACCUCACAGCGCUACGCGGCAGUGCCAACUUCCGCAGCCUCGGAGCAGCGCUGCGACCCGCCUCCUCGCCUCCCAAGCGGAUACUACCGUCAGGAGCCUCGGGGGUGCGUCCGGACUCGCCCGGAGCUCCGUACGCUUUCGCUGUGGCGACGGCGCCGGCGCUGUACCCCUGGAUGCGGAACGUCAAUCGCCCCGCUAGUACGUACAGCAGCGUCAACGCGACUCCGUUGGGUGGUGGUACGGCUAACGGUGACGGCCAGAAUCACGGCGCCUUACCAGCCGUACGGAAGCCCUCGGCGCCGGCUGGGGACAUGGCUGGCUCUCCUGGAGGCGGCGGCAACGGUGGGAACGCUGCCAGCGGUGGCGGUGCGGGCCAUGCUAAUGACGUCAUCAGCACGCCUCCCAAGGUGUCCGGCGCUUCGGAUCAUCUGACUCAGCGCAUCAAAUGCCACAUGCCGGACUGGGUGUCACGCAUGCAGGAGGAUUACUACAAGAGGAUAACCUCUCCACGACGGCCCGCCACGGCACAAGCCAAGCCCGUCGUCCCGCCCACUGAGCACCUCAUGAAGCCCAUCAAGGCUCACGACCGGAACUGGCGCUCUGCUAUGAUAGCGGAGCAAGUUGCCCGUGAAUGCGCUCCAGAGCCGCCGCCGAGGCCCGUACCCGGCGCUCCUACAGCCGCCGGCGUCACCAGCAGCGUGGCGGCAAUUCGCCGCGGUGGCGGCGGCCCCAGUGCCGGCGGUAGCCGGGCGUCGCCUCCGCCGCAGCAUACGGCGGUCACGGUAACUCGGCCGCCGCCAGAGGCGCCGCCUGCCGAGGAGGCAAGGGCUGAAGUCGAGCCGGAGGCACCCGCCGGAGCUGGCGAUGCAGGCGCUGACGCCUCAGCGCUGCCGCCGCCAGCCAGCGGUGGUGAUGAAGGUACGGCAUCCGAGCCGCAUGCCGCUGCCGCUGCCGUGGCAGCCGCUGCUGUUAGCGAGGCAGAUGCCUCCGCUGACCACGCGGGCCCGCCUGCAUCGGCAGAGGACGCAGGCGCGAGCGAGACGCCAGUAGCAGCUGCGGAAGCCGCUGACACGCCAACGCAUGCCGACGGCGGGGAGUCGCCGCCAGCUGACGACAAGUCCGCGGCGGAAGGCCCUGGCAGCGAGCCCGGCGAAGCCAAGAGCGAUGAUCAUGCGGCUCAAGACGGUCAGGGAGCUGACGGCGACGGAGAGCCAGCCGCUGCCCCGGCUGCGGCGCCGGAGACACAUGAGGCUGCGAUAGUGGAGUUUGCUGCGGCCGCAGCUGCUGAAACGACCUCCCUGGAGGAAAGCAUUGAGGUGCUUGCGGUUCGCAACAACGGAAAGCGCAAGAGCGCUAUCUCCGUGCUGAGGAUCAAGAGCGUGCGGAAUAGGCAGGACCAGGAGGCGGAGUUCGAGAUGGAUGGAGAAGGUGAAGGCGAUGGGGAUGGGGAUGGCGAGGGCGACGGAGAUGAUGGUGACGAUGAGGGCGGCGGCGAGGGCGACGGCGACGACGAAGGUACGGCUGGCGGCAGUCGCAAUCUUGACGGCGGCGACGACGAUAGCUUCCGCAACCGAGAGCCCGCGGUGGACGAAGAUCCCCAUGGUGCUGUUGGUGGAGGCCAGAAGGGUCAGGAGGUGGGAGAUGAUGCAGGCGAGGAAGGUGGCCAGGGGGCAGAGGUGGGCGGCGCUGGGGAGGAGAAGGAGGAGGCGCAUGCGGCCGCGGGCCCUGGCGGUGCCGACGGGAAGGACGACGACGAGAGCAGCUUGGGCAUCGACCUGAGCGGCUCGGAUGACGAGGAAGCAGCCGGUAGCGCCGCCGGAAAGGGUGCUGGCGACGCGGCGGCUGCCGUCAGUGCCAGCGGCGGGGCUGAGGGGGGCGCGGAGGCGACGGAUGCGCGCAGGAGCAGCGGCGGUGGCAACGGCGACGAUGAGGAUGGUACGCACGGUGAUGCGGCGCGGGGCUCGGGUGAUGGGCGUGCGGGCGGCGAGGGCGAUGACGAGGCGGGCCCUGCGGACACGGCAGACGAUGGCGGGUACGAGGGAGUUGACGCUGGCAUGGGUGGCGGUGAUGGUGACGGUGAGGGGGAGGGCUAUGCCGGCAUGGAUGGUGAGGCGGCUGAGGACUACCGGGAGGCGGAGGCGGAUGAGUUGCCACGUAGGAGCAACGGUAGUGGGAGUGGCGGUGGCGGAGAUGGUGGCGCUGAUAGGGAGGAGUUGGGGGCCGCUCCUUUUGAGGGCGCAGCCGAGGCGGCGGAUGAUGCUCCGGGGGCAGAGGAUGAGGGUGGUGAGGGUAGCGGAGGUGGCGGCCAGGAGGAGAGGGAGGAGGAGGAGGAAGCGAAUGUGGAUGUCACCGGCACUGUAGGCGAGGAGCAAGGGGAAGAAGGAGAGGCGGCUGUAGCGGAGGCUGCGGAGGGUGAUGCUGAGGGCUAUGACGGCGCGGAGGGUGAGGAGGAGGUUGGGCAGGUAGCAGGAGAGGCGGAUGAGCCAAGCGCAGGAGGCCAUGACGUGGCUCACCCCGAAUAGGCAGGACACCUCGAAGACAGCGCCGGGAGUGCAACACAAUAAUAAGGAUGGCUUGGAUGGCGUCACAUACCUUGGACUUAGAAAAGGCAGGGAUUAUGGGACACGAGCCAAUUGACACAAAGUCGGGACCCAGGACUGCUCGCGAAUCCAUGGCAAGGGCCCACCUGUCCUGUGUGCUGUUGCGGGAGCGGGCAUGGAGGGCUGCAGGUCGUGGCGGGGUUGAGCGCCGAUGGUUUCAUUUUGCGCGUGUCGAAAGCUGAUACGCAUGGCCAUCGUCGUCACUUACCUGAUAUACUGAUAUGCUGGAUGGGUGUAUUACACACCAAGAUGAGAUGUGACUGUUUUCCAGCGUACAUGAAAGUACGGCACCUGCGUACGGAAAUUGGGCGUACAACGGUUUACGGAAACGUUCAGCAGUGUUGCGCGUUCUACUAGUAGUGGGUAUCCUUGCAUUUGUUCGUUCGUCUUGCAGGUCUUGAUGCGUGCUCUUUCGUCGUUGCGUGCAUGCACAGAGUAAGAGCACUGCCGCUGACAGGCUGUGCGGCGCUGUCCUCCCUUGCAGCAGCCCGAAUUGUGCGGCUUUGCAUGAGGUGGUGAUGGAAAUAGAAGUGGUGAAGAGCUAUGGGGUGGCAUUGCGCAGCGAAUGACAGGUAAUUGGCGUGUGUGCUCGCCCUUUUGUACUGGACUAAGUGCUGUGGCGUGGCAUAACUGUGACCUUCUACCCUUUCUUCCUAACAACACUAUCUAUGCAUUUGUGUGAACUUAGUUCUAAUGCCGGAUGUGUUCUGUUCGAUAAGUAGCCAUGGGGCAUCACACGUUCACUCCACCCUCCCGUACGGCGCUGUCGCCAGUGUAAUGUAUCACGUACAUCCA